GUAUAUCUCAUUCCCAAUUCAAUUCUCAAUCUGUGUUUUACGUAAACAUGGAGUACUGGCCUCUAAAGAUCACUCUAAUCUCCGCCGAGGACCUCAAGUAUGUCAAUCAUGUCACCAAGAUGAGCGUCUACGCCGACGUCACCAUCAGCGGCGACCCACAAACCAAGCUGGAGAUCCCCGCCGACGAGAACUGCGGUUCCAAUCCCAACUGGAAUUACACCAUAACAUUCAUCGUGGAAGAAACCGCCGCCCAACAGAUGAACCUCGUGAUCCGACUCGUGUCAGAUCGUCUCCUUCACGAUAAGGAUAUUGGGGAGGUGAGGGUGCCUAUCAAGCAAUUUCUUGAUUGCAAAGAGGAGGUUUCCGAUCACAACGUCAGGUUGCCAAAUGGAGAGGAGAAAGGUAAACUGAAGUUGUGUUGCAAAAUUGGGAAGAAAUUCAGUGUUCCUGUUGCUGCGCCACCGCAUGAGACGGAGAGAGGGACGUCUGCGGAAACGCCUGUGGAGGCAUGUCCUGCUGCAAGGCCCAGAGCCGGAUACCAACCUCUGCCUCCCGCCGCGUACCCCUACAAUCCCCCGCAACAGGGUGCGUACCCACACAAUUUCCCGCAACAGGGUGCGUACCCACCACAGCAGCCACCACACUUGUGGCAUUCACCUACUCCUGCACAGGGUCAGUGGUACACCGGGUCCCUGCUUCAUGCUUGGCCUGGGUGCAUGCCAGCCCAACAGCCAGCGGCCGGGUUAGGACAAGCGUCGGCUGGCGGAUUGGUCGGCCGUUUGUACAUAGUCCGAAUGCUAUCUGAUACUUUAGCCAAUUUUACCAGUAUGAGUGACGGGGGUUGGCUUGAGGGUUUGUUUGAUUCCUAAGAAGGUCCCACUAAAGGCCAUUCAAGAGUGCCAUUUAAUUGUCCUAUAAUGUAUAACUGCCACAUGUACACUCCCACGUGUCUAGGUCCAUAAAUCGUGGUGAAAUAAUAAAUUUUCUCUUUUAUU